GAGUCCAAAAUGGAUUUAGGUACUGCUACUUUGAUGCCCAUGGCGGGGAAUUUUGGAGGGAACACACAAGGUGGUGUCAUCAAGAACGAGUUAGGAAAUGUCUCAAGUAACCCUCGCCCGAUUCCCCCACAAAGCCCCUCCCGAGAUUCCGACAGUGAGGGGGAUGACAGAAUGGGGGACUCGGACAAACCCUCAAAACAGAAGAGGCACCGCACCAGGUUUACGCCAGCCCAACUCAAUGAGCUCGAGAGAAGCUUUGCCAAAACUCACUACCCUGACAUAUUCAUGAGGGAGGAAUUGGCGCUAAGAAUCGGCCUGACAGAAUCACGUGUACAGGUAUGGUUUCAAAAUCGGCGGGCAAAGUGGAAGAAAAGAAAGAAGACAACAAAUGUGUUCCGAACACCUGGCGCCUUGUUGCCUAAUCCUGGGAUGUCUCCAUUCGGAACAAUGAAUGACGCUUUCUGCACCUUUCGUCCCACAGAUUCGAGAUGGUCUUCGAUUCCGAGCAUGACAUCAACAAUGAACGGGAACCCUCUUGCCCUAGCAUCCUCCUUGCCUCGACAAACAUCUCUGGGUCAGUCUUUUGGGUCUCAAGUCCCAUUCACGGGUCUUCAGGAAGCUUGCUCCACGAUUGCAAGCAACAUUUCAAUGCCAAAUAAUGGUGCUUCGCUGCACAGCACGUGCUUUGGUGUUCCGUCUGUAAGCUGUGCUUCUCCUCUUUCAGCAAGUUCCAACUCUCCGCCGAUUUCUCAUCCACAAGUGAACUGUGGGAUGCAGGAAGUGGAAGAUGUUUGGCGGGGCACCAGUAUAGCAGAACUGCGCAGAAAGGCUUUGGCGCAUACAGCAACGCUUUCAGGGUAUAGGUGAAUACAUACAUGUGUAUUCCCCAAGUGAAACUUUGAAUUUGAAAUACAGUGCGGUAUGGAAUGAAAGUUUGAAAUUACAACAAAUGUACUAUUUAUUAUGUUUACGAUUAAGGAC